GACCAACGAAAACGCUUUUUGUAUCAAUUUAAGCAACGUUUACAAAUUUAUUUGAUCACUUCAAAAUCAAAGUUAGAGGCUAGUUUAGAAAUAUAAAAAAUUUUAUAUUGUAUGAAGAAAUAAAUGUUAUAUUAAUGAUGUUCAUAGAAAUAUUGUGAAUGUAAAUAUUAAUUACUUUAUCAAAUAUAUAUAAUAAUCGUUACAUGAGUAUUCAUCAAAUUUGCAAAGAGAAGUAAGUAGUUUUCGCGCGUAGAAUAUUAGACAUAUGAAUUAUUGUAUAACGAUAUAAUUAAUAAAACGAUUGAUUAAUGCAAGAUAAAAAUGAGCUUAGUACACUCUAUUACGAGGCGUCAAGAGGGGUUUGAAUUUAUACGUGAUUAUGACGUAGCCUUAUAUCGUUUAAAAUGCUAUCAUAAUGAUGUAUAUCGUGGAAUAUCGCCAAGUACAAAUGCUCCAGAUUAUAAUCCAGAACCACCAGUUUUUGCUUGCCGUUUCUGUACCAAGGAAAAUAAUGAACAAAUACUUGCCUUAGCAAAUGAAGAUGGAAAAAUAGCUUUACAAGAUAUAAGUAUUAAAGGAAACCAUGAUAAACCAUUAGAAGGAACUCAGGCACAUUUUAAUGCAAUUUUUGAUAUUGCAUGGAUGCCUGGUGAAUUAAAGUUGGUAACAGCGUCAGGAGAUCAUACGGCAAAAUUGUGGGAUGUAUCCAGAUCCGAAAUUAAACAAAUUGAAUAUUUUCAUGCUCAUACACGUAGUGUAAAAACAGCAGUAUUUCGUCAUCAAGAUAAAGCUGUCUUUGCCACAGGAGCUCGUGAUGGAAGUAUAAUGAUUUGGGAUAUAAGAGCAAAUCAUAGUGAUCAGCCUAAAGCAGAUAAUUGUAUAUCUAAUGCACAUAGUAGCAUAUCUUCAAAUAAUAAUAGACACCGUAAAACUCUCAAUCAUACGUCUUGUACGCAAAGUAUAACCAGUCUUGCUUUUCAAGAUGAUUUUUCAUUAUUAUCAUGUGCUGCUGGGGAUGGGGUAAUUAAAGUCUGGGAUUUAAGAAAAAAUUAUACUGUUCACAAAAAAGAUCCAUUGGCUAAACAUACAAUGAAUUAUGCAGGAAGUAGUACAAGAAACGGAUUUUCUUCAUUGUUAGUAUGUCCAGCUAGAAUUACAUUGUAUGCUAGUUGUAUGGACAAUAUCAUAUAUGCGUAUAAUAUAUCUUCUUAUAAUCCAAAACCAGUUGCAGAGUUUUAUGGACAUCAAAAUCGUACCUAUUAUGUAAAAACCUGUUUAAGCCCUGAUGGAAGAUACCUGGCUAGUGGUUCUAGUGAUGAGCUUGCAUACAUUUGGCAUACUAAACGAUCUGGUGGACCAAUAAUUAAACUUUCUGGUCAUACAGAAGAAGUUACUUGCAUUGCAUGGUGCACUGUUGGGGAAACCAAGAUAGUGACUUGUUCGGAUGAUUCGUGCCAUAGAAUAUGGAGAAUUGGACUUGAGCAUAAAAUAGAUAAUGAAGAAUUAGAAAUAAGAGGUAAAGCAGAAACUGUUUCCAGUGCAAUCUCCUUAGAAAACUUGAAAAUGGAAACAACACCAACUACUUUCCGGCGAUAUGCAUUAACGCAAGAACAUACACCUGGAUCUGAUAAAACACCAAAUAGUACACCAGGAUCUAACGAUAUAGAUAAUCAAUCGAGAGAUUUGUAUAAACAAAGUAAUAGUAAUAGUUUUAAGAGAACUUAUUCACAAAUGAUAACUGAAGAAUCACAAUCUGAUGGAAAAUUUAAAACAAUUUUAUCUCCUAUACACGAAAAUUUAGAAAUGAUAAUAAAACGUGCACACAUAGAAAAUCGUGGUGCUAGAAGGCUUUUCAGUCAAAAGACUGACACAACUACUAUAUGCGAUAAGAGUUAUGACUACGAUAAACCAAGCACAAGUUCAUAUGUUCCAGAAUUUAAAAAUAUUGCUUUAGAAACAAAUGAUGCAUCAAUUCCUUUUUCACCUACAUCAAAUCUGCCAAAUUUUGUAAUAGAUGGAACAGCACCUCAUCUACUUCAAAUGUCUCCUGAGAAAUACAAGGAAAAUGUUGACUGGUUAACAAAAAUACGAGAGAAAUAUAAAGAGCAGAAAACUAAAAUAUCUUCUGAAAAACUGUCUAGUCCUAAAACAAGUAUACCUGUACGUAGAAGUAGUAGAUCCAAAUCAAUGGAACCAUUAAAAGGAUGCAAAACUUCUACAUCUCUUGCUCCAUCUUUACUCGAUUUCUUUAAAAUUAAUAAUAAGGAUUGUGAUAAAAAUAUUUGUUCAGAAAACUCAAAUACUCUUUCUUUGCCAUCUAUAUCAUGAAAGUAAUAACAUGGUGUAACAUUAAACAGUAACAAUUUGUAUCCACUAUCAUGUAACAAACGGUUUGAUACAUCAUCUUU